AUGAGUAUGAAUAAGAAUGGUCAUUCAUCCUCUUCUCCAUGCACAUCAUCAUCGACCACACCAUCAUCGAUAAAGACAAUGACCUCAACCCCUUCUUCUUCUUCUCUUCCUCCUCGUCUUACACAAGUCAUUCCUAUACAUAACGUCAAGGAUUUUGUCAAGAAUUAUCUCAACCAUCAUCAUGGUGAGGAUGGCUCUUCUUCUUUACAUUAUCGAUCAGAUACGAGUCUUCUCUUUCGGCAUGUGUAUUGCUUGUUUCGGGAGACUCUCUAUUAUUCUCAACCUUCCUCUCAACAGCAACCACCACCACAGGCUUCUAAUACUAAUUUCUCAUCAUCAUCAUUGGUUGGAAAUGUAAAUAUUUCAUCGUCAUCAGCCUCUUCAUCGGGUUCAAGUCCAACAAACCUCAAUCCAAACAGCAACAACAACACCAAUACAAGUAAUGGCUUACCAUCGUGUCCUAAGGGUUUCUCCAUGAUGUAUGAUGAUGGUUCUCAAGUUAUUUGCUUGUUUUUCGAAUUGGACACGAAAAGGCUUGCUUCUGAGGCUCAAGUUUACCUUACCGAUUCCAUGCUAAUGAAUAGUGGGUCUACUACUACUUGUUCUUCAUGGAAUGAUUUCAUGUACGUGAUGGUACGAAUUACUUGGAAAGGAAGUAGUAUUCAUUCCAAACCUCAAUUACCAACAGAAUCUUCCCUUAGGGUAUCUUCUCAUCAAAAGCCUUCUUCUUCUUCCUUUGUAGCUUUUGAGGAAGAAACGGAACCAUCCAUCCGUACGAAUAGUAAUCUACAACAACAACAAUCAUUAGAUUCUUCCCAAUUACUCUUCCAACAUCAAGUCUUUAAUUGUUCAGAAGUCAAUUUGAAAACAUUUUGUGAAGAAUAUGUCAAGAUGACCAAUCAUAAGGCUGCCGUUGCGAAUAUUAUGGCAACUUUUGGAGGUAUUGAGAAAUCGAUUCGUUCAUCUGAAAAUCUACAAGUGGAGGUUUUCAAGAAUUGUACCUGUAGAUCCUUUUCAGGUGAUCAUUUCACUGUGGCGAAGGAUAUCUUGGGACUUUGCAAAAUUGCACUAUUUGAUAAAACAGCAAGAAAAGGCCUUCAAAAAGAACAAUUAGAUUACUAUGCGGCAUUGAAACAAGACAAACCAUUUUAUACCUUAUUGAAACGAAUGGAAAAAUUAACACAUGAAAUUAUUUUACCCAUGUUCUCGCUGCUCAAUUAUUGUCAUCGAACAGUGAAUGUGUCACUUUCUCAUAUGCUCUUCAAAUUUAACAUUCGAUUUCGUGUGCUCUCAGUAGAGCCCAUCUCUCCCAAACAAAAUCAUGGACUACUUCAGCGCGUGAGAAGUAACAGUAGUAUUAGUGCAAGCUCUUCAUCUUCUGCAUUGAACAUGGCUCAUCAAAGAAAUAGAAGCUUUAGCAGUAGUACCUCUACUGCAGGACUUGCCUUUCGUGCAUUCACAAACUCUCAUAGCUGUAAUAAUGAAAAAUUGACUUCUUCGAGUAAGGACAGUGGCAUCGAUUGUGUCCAAAACGAUGAAAUUACAAACAUACAACCAUCACUACUCACUUCCAGCACCAUGACAACAAACACCAUCUACGAGCCAGACAUCAAGACGGAGCAACGAAUGAUCAGCCUCCCACGUGGACCAUUCAUUUACAAGCCACUUCCAUUGGAACCACAUACACGAAAAUCAGCCAUCGAAAAGGACAUUUUCUGCAUGGGAAUUUUAUUCUUGACCUAUGUGACAGGAUAUAAGGAUGUUGGAGAAAUUCAAAUUGCCAAAGUGGAAGAAAUGUUAAAACAAUUACGAGUGUGUGUGGAUUAUUUACGACAAGCUCAAGUUCAGUUUGAUGAAUUGAUUAACACGAAAAAGUGUGGAGAUGCAACAAAAAUUUACUUGUUAUGUGAAAGAUAUUCACACAUUACAGCACUUUUAUAUUCUCUGUCCACUUUGGAAAAAUUGAUAUCAGAAAUGGUUGAAAACAAAACUUGUGCGUUUAAGGACAUGUUAUAUUUGACCGAUUCCACAAAAAUUGAAGAUUUGAUUGACACUCUUCGCGAUAAAACAUUUAAUGAAAAGACAAACAGUUGUAACAUUCCACGAUCACCUGCAUUGGGUAACUUGAUUCGACAAGAACAGGAGAAAAAGAAAGCGCUCAGUGAGAGAAGUCGAAACAUACUUUCCAAUAUUCCAAAUUCAUUAUUGGCAGCGUCGUCACCAGAUUCACCCACUUUGCUUAGUCCUUCUAACAAUGCUGUGAAUAAUAAUAAGAGAAAACGAGAGGCCAUGACGAUUAAUUCGACGCCACCCACUCUUAAUCAGCAACAAGAUCAAGGUAGUAACAUCUCGAAGGUAAUCAGUUGUUGCAAAAAUUAUCAAAGGUCAUCAAAACCACGAAUGCUGCUAUCAAAAUUGAGGGCAAAGAGAAUGCUUGUAUUGGGGAAAUGA